AUGGGUUUGUGGAGCUGUGAUAUCGAGGAUUGCGAUAAGUCCUCUGUUCGCACAGAUGGAGAAUGCAUACUUUGCUGUCGUCAUCUUUGCGCCGAACAUUUGAAGCCCGAGUAUCAUACAUGUCCACUGUGGGAAGAUGAAAAAAGCUAUGAUCCUGCGGCUAACCGAGCGGAACACGAAGAAAUAGACAGACUUCUUGCUAAAAUCAAUAUCACGGCGCUCACAGAUCGAGCCAGCUAUUUACGCAAGGGCGUCCGCUGUUCUAUAUCGCAGAAUCUUUAA